UCACCUGCAGCGCCUGCAGCCUGCAAGUAGGCUGCGGGCAAUGGCUGCGGGGCUGCGGGGUCGCGGACGUCGCGGAUUUCAGAUGACGCACAUCCGGCUCGUGAUCUCGCCGGAAUCCACACUGGUGAAUUUCCGCCGCCAUUGCCGCGUGUGUUUUUGUUCACUUGCGCUGUGUUUACCUUGUAGUCCGCCCGUUCACUCGGACGCAAAAAUGGUGUAUUGCGCUGUAAGGAACUGUCGUAGUCGUAGUGUUCGACGGGAUGGACCCGCGACCAGCGGAACUCGUUUUUUCCGAAUUCCGUCCAUUAUUAAGGGCCAGGACAAGACAACGUACGAGCGGACGGUUCUGCGGCGUCAGGAAUGGCUCCGACGGAUACGCCGGAACGAUCUCGGCGAAAGAGCUGCGGAGCAAAGGAUUUGUGGUCGACACUUCGUGUCAGGCAAGCCUUCUUAUCUGCACUGCGUCGAUGAUCAGGAUUGGGCACCCAGUCAGAACCUUGGGUACCCAAACACCUAUGGGCGCAGUGACCGCAUCGCCCGGCAUCAACGAGCCAUGCAAAGGGCCAAGGCUCGGGGUGACCGGCAGCGUGAACUCCUACAACGGCAGGAGGUGCCGGGUGUCAUGGAGGGUGCAAUACCAGCGGUCAUUCAUAUAGUGCCAGAGCUGCCAUCACCAUUGCCACAGCCACCAUCACCACCUCAAGCCCAGGAUAUUGCUGUCAAGAGUGAACCGGGCUCAUCGGUUGAUAUUAAGCAUACCUCAGAGGAACAGAAAGCAAGCGAGCAAGCUCUCUAUACUAUAAGUCCGUAUGCAAAGCCACAUGACGUCUCUUGCCAGACUGAACUGGACAUGCGGCUUCUACGGGCCUUCGAAGCCGACCACGCAGCGCUGCAGGAGGAAGUCCGUAGACUCCGCGAAAAGGUUCCGGCCGCCACAGACAGCGAAGGGGCGUUUAACAAAAGCGACGAGUGCGUGUCGUCCUCCACCGGCCUGCCCACCUUUUCCGUCCUCUCGGCCCUCUUCUCCCUGGCGUCUCCCCUCGUGAGGCAUACGGCAAACAGCAGCCUGUCCCUCUUCCAAGAGAUGCUGCUCUUCUUCAGGAAGCUGAGGUUCAACAGCCCGCUGCAGGAGCUGGCCCGCAGGUACGGCGUGUCGCAGGCAACGGCGUCGAGGAUCUUCAACCGCUGGCUGGAUGUCUUCUUCGUCGUGGCCGGAGACCUGGUCCACUGGCCCAACGCUUGGUCCCUCAGGCAGACGGUGCCGAUGGCCUUCCGCGACUGCUUUGGCACGAGGGUCCCCAUAAUCCUCGACUGUUUCGAAAUCGUCCUCAACUCCCCAUCGUGUCAGAUCGCGCGAGCGUCCACGCUGUCGCCCCGUACUAAGCGCAAUGCUGCAAAAUACCUUGUCGGCAUUGUGCCUCAGGGAGUGGCGACGUUCGUGUCCAAAGGUUACGGCGGCGGUGUCAGCAACGAGGCGCUGAUGGAGCACUGUGGCAUCUUGGGUCGGCUCGAACCGGGAGACCUGGUGCUUGUGGACGGCGGGUUCAUGGCUGCUCGGGGCGCGGGUCUCCAGUGCGCGGAGCUGGUGCUGAACGAGGGUCGAAAGCAGCUCUCGUGCAGGGACGUGGAAAGCACCGAGGAAUUUUCGGACGUCUGUGCUCACGUGGAGAGGCUGAUUGGAUCGGUGAGGGACAAGUAUUCGAUUUUGGCCAGCCAGAUUCCAAUCGAGUUUGUGACUACGAGCGAGAAUGCGACGGUCACCACGCUUGACAAAUUGGUCGUUGUCUGCUGUGCUUUCUGCAAUCUCUGUCCCUCAAUUAUGCCUUUUGAGCAAUACAUUCUUUAAAAAGUCA